AUGGCUGCCGACGAUGCACGUACUGGCGCAGAUGUACCGAAACCUGUGCACCAGGACAUCACAGCAAUUUCGACGAUAAGCAUCCAUGGACUUACCUUGUCUGACACGAAAGUGUCGUUAUCGCGCGCUGAAUCUUUCCCCUCCUUCCAAUAUGAUGAUUGCGAACCUCAAAUAUGCGAUGAUCCAAGCUGGGACCCGCUCCCCAUACCACAGAAUCUCGCUCACCUUGACCUUCGAUUGACCGACCGGAUAAACGAAGGACGCAUUGGACUGGUGUACGGGGUCGACGUUCUGGGCAGCCGUGAUCGUGCGCUGAAACUUCCGAGCAAGCUCUGCGUCAAGAUUUUCAAGCCCAAUUCCGCACGAACUGCAGCUCGAGAGUAUUGGUUCUAUGAGCAACUCGCUCGCUCAGGUCGACGUGCAGGGUCCGUCGCAGCGCGUUGCUUUGGCUUCUUCACUGCGAGCCUGAGUGAUUUGGUGGACGAGAACGGGCUGCAGCUUACCGCCGAUCGGAUACUUCCUUGGGAGGAGGCGCUGAUUGACGACCGAGGGAGGCCGUAUCCCGAGAAUCCUGUCAAGCGAGCGGCCAGGAAAGCAGCCUUGGCCACCAAACGAGAUAUCUUAUUUGGAGACGACGAAUUCUACUGGAAAAGCCAGGAAGGAGACACUUUCACCGAACGUCCUUCGCCUUGGGCUAGAUGGAAAUCUUCACCGACCCAGCCCCUGCUGGCUAUCCUUCUUUUCGAGCGCCUUGGUGAACCUCUGACUCGUUUUAGUAACGCGCUCGAAAGGAGUGAGGCUCUCAAGGAUAUCCAGGAGCUCGUGGUCGAUCUCGGGCGUACGGGUAUCAUGCAUUGCGACAUUCGUCUCCCCAAUAUCCUGCGCGUACCCGAGGGUACGAAACCGCCCAUGUGUUCCUGCCACAAGUGUCGCCACUGGUGGAGGUUCGUGGACUUUGAUCAGGGUGUGAAAACCGACUCCAGCGCGUUGGGCCGGUACUUUGCGAUAACUAUUCCAGUCAUGACAGUUGCGAACCUGUCCUGGGAUAUCUAA